ACCCUUGCUAUUACAAAUCAUAUUUGACAAUUGACACCUGUCUGUGUUUGAGAUUGACCACAAAUUGACAUAUAAACAGCUGAUUUUCAAUUCUAUGAAAACAAUCCAAGAAAAAAAUCAAAUUAAACUGUAAUAAACAUAUUUUCAAUAUCCUCAAGUUUAUUUAACGGCGUAAAAUGUUCGCGCUAUUGGCUGUACUUUGUAAGCUAACAGAGGUGAUGUUGGUAAUAUGUUCGGAUGUUUAAUAAGCCAUGUAAAAUAAACCUAAUGAAUACGUUGCAAUUUUCUAAGGACUCCUUACAAAGCCAAAAGUUAUAUUCCUCAAAGAAUCCACCAUUAUUUUUUGUAAUGAUGAGGUUUAAUAAUAAAAUUGCUAUGGUUUUUCUAUCAUGUAUAGUAAUUUUCAUGAUAAUACUAUAUUCCAUAUGUUCAAGAAAUAGUUCUUAUAUAUCACAAAAUAGCAACAUUCUUAGUGGAAAAACUGCUGAUUUACAAGGUCCUGAGGAGAUAGACUGUGAUAUAAAUGGAGAAUAUAUUAUUGGAUGUAGAAAGGAAGGUGAGGAAGUAUACGUUCCUUUCUCAUUUCUUCAUCGAUAUUUUGAAAUUUAUGGAAAACUGGCUACAUAUGAUGGUUUAGAAAGGUUCGAAUGGUCACACAGCUAUAGUAGAAUUUAUCAUCCAAAAGCAAAAUAUGAUCCCAGAGGUGUUUACAUGUAUUUUGAAAAUUAUAAUGUUGAAGUAAGGGAUAGAGUAAAAUGUGUUACAGCAAGUGAAGGAGUACCUGUUUCUACGCAGUGGGAGAGCCAAGGAUACUACUAUCCAACUCAAAUAGCUCAAUUCGGAUUAUCGCAUUAUUCAAAGAAUUUAACAGAUCCAGAACCCAGAAGAAAGAUAUUUGACGAUGGAGACAGAGAGAUUGCAAAAUGGGUUGUUCCUACUUCAGCAACACUAGAUGUUAUUUUGGACACCAAAUUAAAUACUAAAAUAACUAAAUUUAAAACCAGUGAAAAUUAUAAUGAGGCAAUUCAGUUAAAAAUGGAUCAUGUCUCGGAUCUUGUAAUGACAAUCGAUGUUAAACUUAAUGGAAACAGUAGCUUAACUGUUGUAUUACAAAAUAGGGAAACCAAAAUUAAUUAUUUUCUGCAUUAUAUCACAACAGAUGUCUUGAUAGCUGUUCAAGAUAAUAAUAUAUACCAUGGUAUUGGAAUAAUUUCCGAAUGGACAAAACUUACAAGAGAUCUGAUAGUAGAUCUACAAAAAGGACUGAAUUAUGCCAGCAAAGAUAAAUCUAAGCACAAGAUUCCAAAAUCAAAAUUAAAAAUUAUCAGUAUAAAUCUGAGAGGAUCUGGGGCUGUUGACAAUUUAACUCUUUCUUCAUCUGAACAUAUUCAACAGUUCUAUGAUGCUGCUGAAUGGUUUGUGAAACAUCAAGAUUCUGAGACUGGUGGAUGGUCCAUACCUGUUAAAAGAAAAUUGGCCUCGGGGUUUGUGGUACUUGAAAAAGGUUGGUUAUCUGCAAUGGGCCAAGGUCAAGCUAUAUCCGUUUUAGCUAGGGCUUAUGCUCAUUCUGGAGGUGAUCAAAAGUAUUUAAAUACUGCCCUCAAUGGUUUAAAACCUUUUAGAGUGCAGAGUUCAGAAGGUGGAGUUUUAGCAACAUUCCUGAAUAAAUAUCAUUGGUAUGAAGAAUAUCCUACUAAACCACCUUCCUUUGUACUCAACGGUUUUAUAUUCUCACUUUUGGGGUUAUAUGAUUUAGCCAGUAUAGCUCCAGUAGAAUUUUCUGAAGAGGCGGAAUUUCUUUAUAACCAAGGCAUGGAAACUUUGAAGAAUAUGUUGACACUAUUUGAUAUGGGUAGUGUGACGUGUUACGACCUGCGUCAUUUUACUUUGGGCAUUGCGCCAAACUUGGCUCGAUGGGACUAUCACGCCACUCAUGUUAAUCAGUUGUUGCUGCUCAGUACGAUUGAGGAUGAGCCUUUACUCAAAACCACGGCCGAACGCUGGAUAGGAUACAUGAAUGGUAAAAGAGCAGAUCAUAAUUAAAAGAAUAUUGAAAUCUAUGAGACUUUGCAAUAUUGAAGGGUAGAGAUAAAAAAUAAGGUUUAUUCCAUUGCCGAUUUUUGUAUUGUUCAGAAGUUCACAAAUGGGUCGAUAAUGCAUGAAUUCCAGUUAAUUUUCGAGAUGUUUUACGAUUAUUUAAUUCUAAUCAGUUAAAAUAUGCCUAUCAAAAGUCCAUAUUUUUUCAAAUUUAGAUUUGUGCAUUUCCAAGACACUAAAAUCCCUGUCUUUAUGAUCUUCAAUUUUUGAAAUGUUAAGGUGCGUUCCCACCGGCUGCGCCGCUCUGCGCCGCGCAAAUCAUUUUUUUAACAUAUACUUUUGUGCGCGCUAAAAAAAUACCCAUCAAAAGUACAUGUUAAAAAAAUGUUUUACGAGGCGCGGCGCAGCCGGUGUGGUCGCACCUUUAUAGUUUGAUAUAUUUGAAAAAAACAUCCUUUAUAUAUUUGAAAAAAAACAUCAAGUGGGCUUGGAAUGACGAUCGAUGACAUUCGCUAUAUAAUUUUACAGAGAUCUGAUUUCAAGUCAAUUUUGACGCUGUUUUAAUUUUCGAUCAUAUGGUAUUAAUAUAAAAAAAUAUUCCCAUAAAAAAGUUAAAUAGUAAUUAAAUUAAAAUAUCACAAAAGGGGAUUUAAAGUUCACUGUUUAAAAUUAUGAAUCUCAGUAUUAAUAUAUAACUAUAUCAUGGUGGCCGGCCGUAGUUGUGUCGCCUGCAAUGCGAGAGGUACUAGGUUCGAUACCCAGCCAGUACGGUCGCUUUAUUUAUUUAAGUAAAAGUAUUUGUUUAUCCAAAUAGAGCGACCAGCGAGCUGACACCUCAAGGAAGGCAAUGCCAAACCACCUUGAAUAUAUUUGUCUUGUCUCUUGUCUGUCAAUAAACUGUAGGUCCCGUGUAGUUGUGAACCACUGUUGACACACAUCACAAGUACAUGCAAGAGGUAGCCUACGCUCUGUAUAUAGAGUAUUGCACUGUAAGAAUAUCAUGAAAAAAAAAACGUUGUCACAGUGAGCUUUGAAAAGAAAAUCGAUGUAUAUAUUUUUAGUAUAGUGUAUUGAUGUUUAAGAAGAGCUGCCAUUGCAAAGAAUACAGCUAUAAAUAAGCCUAGUAAAAUUCGAAUUGAAAUGUUAUUUCAAUGCCUACCGUGCCAUCGUUUUUAUCACAUCAUAUGUGGACUAUGCAAAUAAUUUUAUUAUAUUUAUUACAUAUGGGUAAACGGUUGAACUAUUUGUGACUUUUGAUGGAACAAACCAAGAGAUUCUGGUUAUUGAAAGUGCCAAAAUAUGAUGAAUUUCAAGAUCUUUAAUCAAAGCUUAGAUCUACAAUCUACACAAAUAAGAUUAAUUGAAAUAUUAUCAAAGUUUUUAUAAAAAUAAUUACCGCUCAUCAAAAAAAAAACGGCGUCAUAAUUGGCUUGGAAAUAAAGAACGCUGUCAUUUUAUAUGUAAAAUUACAUGGCCAACUUGACGUGUUUUUUUUUGCGAUCAUGCGGUAUAAAGUCAGCUGAUCCAAGAGAUGGAUCUUUCUUACCAAGUAGUAAAUUUGUUUUCUGUGAAUUACGAGGCUUUCCUCCAAUUAAUAUUAAAAUAUAAUUGGGAACUACAUAUAAGGUUUAAGAAAUUUAAUAUAUAAAAUAUUGAUAAUGAACAGAAAGAAAAAUAUCUAAAAAUAUUAAAAUGAAGUUAAGAAUU